AUGAUUUGUUGGAGGUUAGAAAUAACCGUUACUUUUGUGAAGGUCUUGCACGACCAAGUCCUUUUGGCCCGAAGGUUUCUGAGCCUUUUGGGUCGGCACGGCCACAUGUGGUGGCUCAGGCUGGUGGUCAUCUCGACCACAGCCGUAAGCCAUGGUUGGUGGGCUGGCCCAGAGGGGCCACCGGAGGUGGAGCCCCUGGAGGAGCAGGCUGGUUGGCGGCAGCAUCUUCGGGAGUGGCUCCCGGGUGCGGAGCGAAGGCUCAAUGCCACGGAAGAGUGGCUUGCCGGCCUGGCGAGCUGGGGUCGGGAGUUGGAAGGAGCCUCGACCUGGGGAAGCUGGGAUGUGGCGCUGUGGAUGGUCGUGGACACCCUCUUCGGCAUGAUCGGGUGGGCACUCUUCGGCAGCGCUUGGACUAAGGUUCGGACCGGAUGCCGCCGGCUCCUCCAGGUUCUGGUGGUGCUGGGGCUCUGCUUGGUCGCUCACUAUGUGUGGGCCGUGUGCUACCCCAUUGUGUCGCUCCUGAUCGGGGCAUGCAUGGCGAUGGCAUGGCUACUUCGCAAAGUCCUACGAGGAGUUGGGGCCUUUGCGUUCUGGUUUCAAAGAGUUACAGGAGGCUCUCCAGAAGCCUCUGAAGCAGAGUUCUUGGGCCCUGCCACUGGGCGGACACCUGAAACCUCCCAGCUUCGAGCAUUCAAGAGGUCCAGUGAGCAGCCCAAGUACAUUGUGGUGAAGAGAGGGGAAGAUGCUGCUGUCUUCGCCAUCGGCAUGGACUCCCAGUCCAUCAAGACCCACGGCCUCUAUGUCCCUGUGGAGUGCAACACGAUCCGCGGAUCUCCGGCUUUGGUGAGGCGGCUGCGGGACGUCGAGAAGGUGCACUUAUGCCGAAAUGAGGUGACCCACGACUUCUGGGCCUGGUUGAAAGGGUCCCCCUUGACCGACGGCACCUCACAGUUGAUGCAUCGCCUUCGGGAGUUGGGUUCCGAAUCGGAGCAAGAGGAGGAGCACCUUAUUUGCUGUGGCAGCCUGGUCACAUGGCGGGGCCCUGAUGGAACUAUGCAGUCACGUACACGAGCGGUGGAGGACAUCGACGAGGGGGAGAACGAUGAUGAGGAGAACGGGGUCGACAACGAGGAGGCGCAUGGUGACGAGGAUAGGCAUGGUCGUGCGAGAAAGCUGUUGGGAAGGGCUCGUGAAUGUGAGGAGCCCGAGAUCAAAGAGAGAACGCCACGUUCAGAAGGUGCCGGCAGCUUGCUGGAAGAGUUCUUUGAGAUCUUUGCGGCCGGAAAGGCUGAUGGACUCCGUGAAGACCAAGCACGCAAAAAGCUGGGAGCUGACCGCCUGCUACUACCCGGUGAUCUUCUUCGACAACUGGUUGGGGAGGCGGAGAAUGAGCAGGCGCAAGGGCAGAGAGGGCUGUCACGUUUCUUGACCACGUGGCGGAAGGAGCUGGCUAAGGUGGAAGAGAAGCGAGGUGACGGGCUACGAGUGGCACCCCCCGGGAUCUAUCGGCCGGACAUCAGGGCAGGAGCCAGGACCGACAGUGGAACCACUGCAGAACCCGUUGUCCAAAUUGCCAAAGCGAUCCAGCAUCAAACAGCAGAAUUGGCUUCUUUGGUUCGUCAACAAACCGAAGGAGCAGGAGGUCAGGUCCCCGGUACAAUCCGGGGGCUCAACAAACAAUCAGAAGAACUGGUCUUCUUGCUUCGGGCGUGUGGCCAGUAUCAAGUGCGUGUUGGUGCGGAAGAGCACGGUCAGGCACUAGCAAACUCAUUGCUGUCCGCUCAGAUAGGAGCCUCGACCAAGCUUCGAGCAGCAGGCUUCCGCCAACGGAUGUCAACACGGCUGGCAGUUGGAAUUGCAGGGCCGUACUGGGGCAUUCAGGAGAAGUAUGGCCUGAGCGCCGCGGACUUCCUUUCCUACACGGACGCUGAGCUCGACCAGUUUGCUUCUGAGGCCAAGGUGAUGAAGAACACCGACCAAAGACCUCCUCCUCCGUCCAGGUUUGAUGAGUGGACCGCCCGAGUACGACGCCAGACAGAUGUGUGGUGCCUGGUUUAUGGGGAGGAAUGGAGAGCCGUACGGAACAACGCCCUCAACCUCUUGUCGGAGUGGCAUCUGUCCCAUCCUCACCGGUGGCCGCUGGCCAUAGUCAUCGACAUCUGGGAGGAGAUUCACUGGCGAUUUCUGGAGGAGCUCAAGGACGUGCUUCGGAGCCUCAAGAAGGAGAUUGGCAGGGAAACGAUCAGCCUUACCGAGCUCAAGUUCCAUGCGCUACUUCCCGGACCAGAUGGACAGGCAUGGCUGGUGAUGCCCACGACCUUCGACAUCGAGAAGCCCGACUCAUGGUUCCAGACCGAGGUCCUCCCAAGGAUCGAGAGGAAGCAAGACCGCCUCUUAUUAUGGAAUCUCACUUGGCAGGGCGGUGCCCGGAAGGAUCGCAACCCGGCAGCACCAGCUGGAGGAGCAGGGGAGAGUGCAGGAAGCUUGAGUUCGCAGUCCAAGCCCACUCUCAAGUCGUUGUGGGGGCCCAAGCUGACUCCGGAGGAGGUCGGAAUGGCCAAAGAUCGGGCCCCUUUGGACCGCCACGGCAAGUUGCUCUGCUGGGGAAACCUGUGCCACAUUGGCUGCCAGACGACAGGUUGUCAGCGCUCCCAUGAAGGACUUCGCGGCUCUUUCGAGAAUCUGGACCCGUGUGUGCAAAUGCAACUCCUCAAAAGAGGUGGACUGAAGCGGAUGAAGCUCGAGAGACGGAAAGAAGCGAGCGAAAGCUGGGAGCACCCCGGCAGAGAGCAGGAGGUAACGGAAGAUGGCCGAGCUGGAGGAGAAGGGCCAAAGGUGCGAUUUUGGGAUGUCCCCGAGGAGUUCGAAGUCGACUACACCAAGGGCGAGGACCUCAAGGAUGUGAUUCAAGGGCCGGACUAUGCAUGGCGUCGAGAUGUUCAUCGUGAUCUUCCACCUCAUCGUGGUCGGGAUGGGACUUCGGCGCCGCAGGAGGCAAAGCACCUGGUCCAGAAAGCCCAGGAGCUAGGAAAGUCCCCUGCUCUCCAGGCACUGGAGGGAGCCACUGAUGACUUGUAUGCAUGGGCCGCCGCUAGAGUUGCUAGGGAACCCGGAGUCGAACUCUCUUCACUUCUUCAGGAAAUGGCGACCUACGGGAUGGGAGAGCUUGCACGGGAAGCGGCUGAACUAUUGGAGCAACGGGAAGGAACUAAAGCAGGCUCGGCUCGACUGGUGGUUCGAGACACCCUGUGGGCAGAGGGGCAACCAGGGCAAGGAAGCGUCGAGCUCGACGGCACCACCUGGCGGCUGUGGGACUAUCAGGAGGACGUCAUGAUGACGGAGGACCUGGCGGCACUUCUUCACCUACUGGAGGUGUCCAUUGAGCGGCGGCAGUGCGUGACCAUCACCAUUGCGGCUAUGGUUGAGUGGAAGGAGAAGAGCCGACGGCCGUCAGUGGAGCAGGUUCAGACCAGAGCGCAAAGCUUGAGGCUAGAGCAGACUCGGCUAGCCGUGGACGCGGCCAACACCAUCGGCGAGGCGGAGGAGAUGGUUGCAGCUGUGGAACACGAAGUCAGGACCUACAUCCAUGACCUCACUACAGCUCACCACGAGAAGGACUUUCGCUCUUUGGAAGCCCUUGCGGACUGCCGAUUGGUGGUUUUUAGGGCGGACUACCGAGGGGGCUUGGUCGUGGAGUGCAUCAUUGGGUCCAACUGGAUAGAUGGGGGUUGGACGACCUUCGCACUGAUUUGGAAGGGGCACAUGGUCCUUUUGGAACCGCCGGACGGCUAUGACCUGGAGCGCUUCCUGGCCAGAGAGGACCCCCAAACCACACCUGCGAUGGGGUUUACGUUCUUUUGGCAUGCCCGUCAUGAUCAACCUCCCACCGCGCCAGGCAAGAUUUUCUGCAGGUUGUGCAAAGCAGGCCGCAAAGCUGGGGAGUCGCUCAACGCACCACGGCAUAGCUGCUUGUCCUACACGGCCGCCACCGCUGGAGGCUCCAUGGACAUCCACCAUGACCACAAUGUGAUUCGGGCGGUUCGGAGUGCAGGCCAGCCACAUGAACCGGGGCAGCUGGUGCUAAGGGAGUUCUUUGCCGGGAAAGGUGGCAUCUCUGCGGAGUGGAGCAAGACGAGCCCGAUCAUGGAGCCGGUCGAGGUCUACGAGCAUCCCCAUGACAAGCAGGGCUACAGGGCACACUUUGACUUGAGUCGAAAGGAUGUCCACGACAAAUUUCUGGCAGAGGUGCGUACCGGGCCUUCCAAUGUGCAUUGGAUUGCGGCCCCAUGCGCGAGCUACUGUGACUGGCAGCAGAAGAAUGGCGGGACUCGCACCUUCGAGUGUCCCGAAGGCACUGGACAGGGACCAUUGGCAGCGACUGAGGCAAUGGGCAACAUUUUGAGUGCGCACGCUGCUGAGCUCUUCGAGGCUUCGUUGGAUUCUGGUGCCUUCCCUCUCGUCGAGUCCAGUGGGGUCAGUGGACGGUACCCCAAGCAAUGGGACCUGCCGUGCUGGAAGCGCAUCCUCAACCGGCCGGACGUAGAGUACGUUGACCUGCCCAUGUGCGCCUUUGGUCUUGGCCCCCCUGAUGAGCCAGAUCAUUUCUAUGUGCACAAGACCAGGGUGGUCUUCCCACUGCAUCCACCGUUACGGCGGGCGCUCCGACGAGUCUGUCCGGGCCUGUCAACCUCGCACCGGCACAUCGGGCUGAAGGGUUGUCGCGACGGCCAAACCGUCACUCGCUGUACUGAAGCCGGGGUGUACGCCCAGAACUUUGUGUCAGUCGUGGUGGCGGUGCUCCAAGCUUCGUUGGGGGGGGGUCUGGCUUUGACGCCACAAGAUGUCUUCGGGAUCGAGGCGGAGACGAUGGAGAAGAUGGAGGUGCCCUACUACCUGGUGACCGUGAAGAGGCUGGCGGAGAUGGUGAGGAUGAUCUACCGGGAGACCUACCCGGAGACGAUGACGAAGGACAUGACGGAGAUGGUGGAGGCGUCCAACGAAACGAUCAACCCGAUGGAGAUGGCAAAGGGGAUGGCUUGUUGGAAUCGAUGGGCUUCGGGAACCACUCGGCGAGCCGCCACGGAGACGGGACCGGGUGAUCCCUAUGCCGUGGAGACCAAUGAGAAGCUCAUCCGCUCCAGCUGGAGCCCGAGAAAGAUCCCCGCGAGGGAGUUCCAGACCAGGGCGGAGCGAUAUCGCUUGGCAUGUGAGAAAGGAAAGGGCAAAGGCACCUCCUCUCGAGGCGCCGAGCCAGCUCUAGGAGAUCCUGACCAAGGAGAAGGGGAGACCCUGCAGGGAGUUGUCAUCACGGAUGAUUGGCGGGCUGCCGGAGGGGCUGAUCCAGGCUAUGGCAAGUGGACGGGCGUUACCAUCUUCACCAUCCAGGAGAUGCCGGUUGUCGACGACGAGGCGAUCCCGUGUGAGGACGACUGGGAGUGGGGCGCAGACGAAGAUGAGGGACCUGACCCGGGAGAAGAUGACGGACCGGAGCCCGAGGCGAGUGUCCAAGUGGAGUCAGGCCCGACGGCCUACGCAGGGAGCGAGGCACGUGAUGGCCCAGGUUCGGCCUACCAAGCACCAACUACAGCAGCACGGCAGGCAGCGGAGGAGUAUGUCAAGGCGAUUGAGCAGGACUUUGACAACACUCCUAUGGGUUGGGCAGCCGUGCUACGGGCGGGCAACAAGCUGGUUGAGGUCGCGGGUGGAGUGCGCCAAGCUGCUGAAAGCCUCUGGGAGGUAAGGGAGAAGGCCGGAAUGAUGAACCUAGCCCAGGUGGAUGACCCGGGGCUGGACCGUGUGCUACACCCCCACCUCCUGGAAUAUCUUCGGGAUGUUCGACGAUAUGGCAUGGCGGCCAGGUUCCAAGGGCUUCGAACCAGAGCCUUUGCGAAGCUUCACCCCAAUGCACGACGCCACGUUGACAAGGUCUUUGCCCAGGUCGCCAAGGAUGUGGGAAAGCAGAGGGUGUUGGUAGUCAGUGCCAUGAUGCCUCAGCUGAGCGGGACGAUGGCCUCACCUUUUGAGGCGGUGCAGAAGCUCAAGCCAGAUCGCUCUGUGUCGGAGGAGGUGAGAGUGGUCCACGACCAGAGGACCAUCAACCAUGGGACGAACAAGUUCCUUCACCCGCCGGCCCUUCAACCUACACACUCGCAGAUCGCCAAGCGCAUCCUAUGGGCUAAGGGUCGAUGCCCGGGCUUGCCGGUCCUCCUGUCCAAGAAGGACAUUUCUGGGGCUUUUAGGCUUCUGUGGGUCGCCCCGGAGGAUGUAGAGUUGUUCGCCGGGGAGCUGCCGUGGAACCCGAGGAAGGCCUUUCCGAACGCCACAGACGAAGAUAUUCACUUGGAGGGCAUUCCGGGCGGGGACAUCACGGUGGUCUACUUGGUCUCCAGCUUCGGGUUCAGUGGUAGCCCGGGAGAAUGGACUGUAUGGGGGCGUAGCACGGAGGAAUUCCAUCGAGCUCACCGCCCGUCGGUUCCACGGAGAGACAUGGGCCAUGGUUUCGAUUGCAAGGUCCUGGUCGACGACGGAGUGUUGGUGGAGCCCUGGGUGGGACUGAGGCCGUGGGUGAGCGCGGAGGUGUUUGAGCACGGCAUCAGGACGCUCCUGGGGAACAAGGCGGUGAAUGAGGAGAAGGACAAGGUGGAAGGAGCCUUCAAGACCGCACAAACGGUCUGGGGGGUGAUCAUGUGCACGGAGGGCGAGACUGCUACGCUUCCAGAGCGACGCAUUCAGAAAGGGGCGGUCCUUCUAGCUGACAGCUGCUUUGACUACGGCUCCAAGGAGGUCACCCUGAAGCAGCUACAACAGUUCAGAGGCAUCUUGACCGGAUGGGCAGCCAUCGUGAAGGGUCUGGUGAACGAGCUCAAGGUCUGCCGCUGGCUGAGUGCGCGGACGGAUCGAUGGGAAUCCUUUGCCACCGGCUUGAGAUCUAUGCUUCCCACUAUGGAGAGAUUAAGCUUGCCUGGAGAGUGGGAGAAGGUCAUUUGGGUGUCAUCCGACGCUACGCCUACAAUGGUGGGAGCCAUCGAUUGGACCAACAGACAGGUGACACGCCUUCCCACCGGGACAUUGAAAGCGUGGGCUGCUCGGGCUCUGUCAGACCAUGAGAUUGGGGACCAGGAGACCGACCUCGUGAUUCACCUGGGUGAGAUGCUGUCCUUUGUUGCCUUCGCAUGUGCAGCUGGGGACCAGUGGAAGGGGGGAGUAGUGGCCUAUGGCGGGGACAACACCAUCGUCAAGAAUUGGCUACAAUCCCGGAAGAGCAACACCCGAGGGGGAAGAAUCCUCAUCAGGGCCCUCAACCUGGCGGAGAUGAAGUACAACUUCACGGUCGUGAGCGGAUGGUGGCGGACCUAUCACAACGUCCACGCGGACUUCAUCACGCGGUGCACCCAGGAGGAAUUCGAGGGCUUCGUGAAGGAGAAGGGCCUUCAGGUGCUGGACAUCUCUGCGGCGAUCCACGGCGCUCUGGAGGACUCGGUCCGGUAUGGGGCAUGCUUCCUUUGGGGCCCAGAGAAAGAAGGUGAUCGUGCACUGCAACUUCAGCUCCGUGAGAGAAGGGUGUCAAAACAGAUCCAAAGGGAGCUCGAGAUUCCGUGGAAAGCCUUCGCCGUAAAGGAGUGGACCCCUUCGGGAAGGUGGCUGAAAGAUUUUGAGGCCUUGGGAGGAGCCCUAGGAGCGGCCAUCGAAGACGUUGGUGACCGGCCGGUGCUUUUGUGCGCCACGCUUGGAGUGGACUACAGAGGGAAGCACAUGGAGCAGUACCUCCGCAACCUUCAACACGAGGGAGCUCGUUUGGGACUGGUCGAAGGACCGGGGAAGGUCGAUUGGGAGCGAGGGCAGCGACACUGCGAGAGCCGGGGAUGGGGCUAUGGGAUCGUCGACUUCAUCACCACCGAGAAUGGGGAGGCGUUGACGAGGAGGAGGCGGUGCUUGGUGGUGAACCCACAUGGUGCUCUACCUGAGGCAUGGGAGGAGUUUCUGGUCAGAGCUAUGGGGCCGGCACCGAUGAGUUCACUGCUGAAACCAAAGGAGCACCAUGAACUGUGUUGGACCAAGCCGCUGCGUUUGGAGCUGGAGAGUGGCAUCCCGAGAGAUCGAAUGCUACCUCAACCAGCAGGUCAUGUCUGGUGGGGCGAAGAACGUGAGGUGAUCCAUGGGAUUGGAGGCCCUGGUCGGUGGCCCCUGUUGUCAGACGACGGGAGCAGUCUACAGGGCUACUAUGUCUACGAUCGCCGAGGACCUGGAGGCCAUGUUCGUCGUCUUGACCCGGAGGAACUAUGGGUUCUACAAGGGCGCCAGCUUCGAGACCUACCAGCCAACAUCCCUGCCGAGGUUGCGGUGAUCGAAGGGGUCCGGGCCACGGGGAUUCAAACUGCCGCGAACCUGGUGACCAUGGGAGGCCAAAUCCUCUGUGAGCUGAUCGCCCGUGAAGCUGGGGAACUGAACCCGGGUAAGGCCGGGAUGAUGCCGGACGCCACCGGAGCAGAGGCCACCCAGAUCCUGCUGUGGCUCAGAAGGUGGAAGAGGGGAGAGUUGAGGCGGAGCCCGCCGUCCUAUGAGGCCGACACCAGCAGGGCUGGUGGCGGCACGGGGCCACCUCUGAGGAGGCUGUGGAGGUGGUCGGAGGCGUGGUGGUGGGCUCAAUGCAUGGACGAGGAAGAGGAGGACGAUGCCUACACCCUGGAGUUUGCCAACGAGAUCAAGGGUUCCUAUGCUGGCGGACGGACCAAAGCCAAGACCGACCCGCUCAAGGUUGCCGAGAAGGAGAACAUGACUGGGGACAAGAGUGCCGCGACGGAGAAGGCCUAUGGCGGAGCAUGGAUGAAGUGGUGCGCUUGGGCUAGAAGACAGGGCUGGCCAGAUGAGUUCCUCAACCGCAAUGUGGACCCGAUUGAGAACGAGAACCGGGCGCUGGCCUACGUGGGUUACCUGGGAUGGCUGGGCGCCUCGCCCAAUACCAUCCGUCAACACAUCUUCGCGAUGAAGAUGGUGCACAAAAGGAGUGGCAGGGGCGACCCCUUGGAUGGAAUGCACCGGGUGUGGAUCCUCGUCAACGCCUUGGACCGGAGAUCGACUACCAGGAAGCCACGGCGCUUGGGGGUCACGCCUGAGAUGUUAGUAUGGUUGGGCGAGAACCUGGUCGACCCGCUAGUGAAUGACCGGCAUUCAAUUCCGUACGCGGAGGCAGUGAUGGUCGUGGCGGCCUUGGAGCUGGCGUGGUUCUUCAUGCUGAGGGCCAAGGAGUUCGGGGAAUCGAACGGAGUGGACGAGAGCAUGAUCACGAGGGGCUGUGACAUCCGCCUUUCUCACCAAGGAGUGGCGAAACCGGUGGGGGAGGCGACCGAGAUUUCCCUCUUCUUCCGGAAGACCAAGAACGACCAGCUGGCCUUCGGGGACACCAAGACGCUGCAGGCCACGGGGAGGAAGCACCUUUGCCCAGUCGAAGCACUGGACCGUAUGAGGCAAGUCUGGACGAUGCGGUUUCUGCCAGGCCAUGCCGAGAGCACCAAGCCGCUGUUCAGAUGGAGCAAUGGCCAGGUCAUCAAGAGGAUCGAGAUCCAGCACUUCCUCCAGGAGGCAGCGGUUGGAGUGGGCUUGCCGCCAGGGAGGUUCAUGUCCCACUCUUUGAGGAUUGGUGGGGCAUCAGCUUUGUUCCAGUCGACUGCCGACAUUGAGUUGGUGAAGCGAGCGGGAAGGUGGUCCUCCUCUGCGGUGCAACGCUACCUCUUCGAUGGGGGUUCGGUCAGCGCAGUCUCCAAGAAGAUGGCCGCGGUCGGAGAUGUGACCACCUUUAGAUGA